AUGUUUGGUGCCGACACCAUUACACGUCGGUUGCGGCCGGGCGUGACCGUCGAUUACCAAGUACGGUUUAAACCAGUGCAAUUACCAAACUCAGUUAAGUAUCCGAGUCUGGACGGAGUGAAAUUGGCGUUCGAAACCGUUAAAAACAACCGGCUGGACGUUAAGUACGUGUUUUAUGUUCCGCUCAAGUUUUGCACCGCCAGACCGGAACCGGAAGUGGUCAGCGGCAAGACGAUAACAUUUCCCAUCAACCCCAGUCUGGGUUUAUACGACAAGCAUUGGAAACGGUUGAUUUUGAAAAACAACGGCCCGGUCGACUGCAAGUUCAGCGUUCUCGGCGAAUCCGAUUAUCAACGACUGUACUAUAAUCAUCCGGAAGCCAAAAAACGUUUGAAAACCCCGGCAAAGGCCGAAGAAACCGAGACAGCGGUCGUCAGAGACAUAGUUCACAACGUCCUCGACGACUUGUUCAGUUAUUUCACGUGGAAAAACCAUACCAACGUACUGCUACCGGCUAAGAAGACCGCCGAGGUUACCGUGGCGUUUAACCAUUACAAUGCGGAAUCGUCAAUGUCCAAAUCGUUCGUGAUCGUGUUCCACGAAAAGGACUAUCGACUGCCAAAUCAAAUUAUAAACGUCUAUGGUCAAGUCAGAAGCCAGAGUAUAUUUGUCGAACCCGACGUGGUAGACAUGGGCGUGUGCUAUCUGGAAGGUUAUUGCCGGAUAGGCACGUUCGCGCUGUACAACAAAGGCAGAGUGAUGAUACCGUUCGAAAUUAUUGCGCCCCGAGAACUCAACGAUUAUGUAGAGCUGGUGCCGUCCAAAGGUUAUCUCAAGGCCGGACACCGUUUGGACAUUCAUCUGCGACUCAAUCUCAAAUACGAAUUUCUGCAAACGAAAGACAGUGACAAAUACCUGAAAGCCAAGAGCGGCUUCUUAGAGUUUCCAUUGCGAGUGUUCUCCACCCAAAAUUGGUUGAAGUUGGUGUGCGAGGUGCGCGUUUUCGCCGUGGUGUCGACAUCGUUCGGUUUAAAAUUGUCUCCUAAAUGUUUGCGGUUCGGCACUGUCAACACAACAGAGACGGUCGUCCGAAACAUCAGGUUGUUCAACCGUUCGCUAGUCACGAUGGACUACGGUUUCUUGAAGCUGCCAGAAAGGGUUUGCGUGUUGCCUAGCGCAUUCGGCACCAUCUUUAGCGGCGAACAGCUACACCUGCACAUUUACUACAGUCCCCGAACUAAAGACAUGCCGAAGGACGUCUACGAUUUCAAAGACGAAUUCGACUUGACGUGCACAACAAUAGCCGGGAUGAACGCGAACGAGGCUCGUGACAAAGUGGUGGAUAAAAGGCCGAGCACUGGUGCGAAAAUUAUGCGAUCGGCUCCAACGACAAGUUCAAAAAAAGUACGAUCAGUACAGGACUUGGAUCACGGUCCGAUGAGCAUAGCAAUACCGAAAGCCGACGACCGCAUCGCCGUGGAAUUGAAUACGGCGGACAAAGACUUAAUUCGGUCGAAAGCCGUUGUGAAAUGCCAGGCUCGAGUGCUAGACCUUCCCGUGGAGCUUUCCGCGCAGAAAAUCGUCAUGGCCAAAACACAUCUGACAUCUUUUUCGACGUGCAAAUUUGAGUUGAGAGCGUCGAAUUUGGCUUCCGCCGUGGCUCGGGGCAGCAAUUCUACAAUACCCAAGUUCCUGGUCAGAUUUGAAUUCGUUUCCAUCGAUCCUUGCUUGGAAUUCAAACCGAAAAACGGCACUCUGCGGUCGAAAGAAGCCGUUCAAAUCGUAGUCGUUUUCCGGCCAAAACUCAGCGACGAAUUUCAGAGUGUUUACGACAAGCAUUUCAACUCUGAACAAAGCAAAGACGACGUCCAGAAUGCACUUACGGAUAAAUAUUCCAUCGUGAACCAAGUUGUCUUUAAAAGCAAAACCAACUUGCUGAAAAACGUCAGGAGAUUCGAAACGGACAAAACGUUCUUCGCUUGGAUGCCGGACAGAACGAUCACUGUACCGGCUGUGUGUUUCGUUCAGCUAUGCGAACAAAAACCUGUCAAACAUUUUGGGUUUGAAAGGGGCUCGUUGAAGUUGACUGUCGUUUGCCCAAUGACAAAACCGGAUUUCGUCGUACUCAGCGACCACAUUGACUUCGGCAAAUGCACGAUGAAAGUCCGGCACAACGACUGGCUGCUGGUGCACAACUUGCGCGACCAUCCGAUCCCGCUAAGGAUAUCCAUGCCGGAUCCGACAGGGCCUUUCUUUUGCGCCUAUGCUUUGAACGGCGAACACACCAUAGAACCGGAUCAAACGGUUCCAAUCAACGUUUACUUUACACCCGAACACGAAUUAGCCGUGAAGGAGAAUAUUGAAAUCGCUUCUGGGACGAUGCGCGUGACGAUCAAGUUAAGCGGCACCGGCAUCGGUCCUUCUUGCACUAUUGUACCCGACGAUCUCCUCUUUGUGAUCCGACCUCAAAAUGGUCAAUCGCCCAAUAAAUUAGUCGUACAGGUGACAAACACCGGACCGCCGGCUCGGUUCAACGUCCAACUGGAAUGGACCAAGGUGCGCGAGUACGCGGCGGACGACGACACCAUGGACCGUUUGGCCGAGUCGCUGUUGUCCGGCCGGCCGCCGGCGUCGUUGGACGGACCGGAGUGGACGCCGACGGACGACGCCGUCUUCGACCUGGCCAACGGCGGCAGGCCUCUGCGGCGGCAUUUGGCCCCGAACGAACAGUGGUCGGUGACGGUCGCCCUGAGCCAGCGCGAGGACGACGCCGGCGCGGAAACGGCGCGAGACGAGGGCGGCGGCUCGUCGUCGUCGUCGUCCGCGGCCGAACACGAAGCCGCCUCGGUGUCGUCCACGGCCGCGGCCAACGCCGUGUACGCGGCCAAGCUAAACGUGCACGUGGGCCAAGCCGUGCUGAAAGAGUUCUACGUGUUCAGUUUCGUCGACGUGUCCCGAUGA